AGAGGCUACAUCCAUAACAUCCAGCCUGGUAGCGACCGCCUCUCGCUAACUUUCCGCAGUAAACAGGCCCGAAGGAGCCCGACAGGCGGUAGUGGCGCCUAAUCGGAGUGUUUAGCGAAUUUGGAAUAAAAGUACGCACAUCACUCACCCGUUUCACCGCAGCGCAGAGCGAUAAAAGCGCACCAACCCUCCGCACACGGAGCGGGUUGUUGUGUUUAGCCUGCUAGUGUGCUAACAUUAGCAGCGAAGAGGGCAGCCCGGCGGGCUCCCAACAAACCUGGACACGAUGUCACUGGUGGACCUGGGGAAGCGACUGCUGGAGGCGGCUCGGAAAGGUCAGGACGAUGAGGUCCGAAACCUGAUGGCCAAUGGAGCUCCGUUCACGACAGACUGGCUGGGGACGUCCCCUCUUCAUCUGGCCGCUCAGCACGGACAUUAUUCCACCGCCGACGUCCUGCUGAGAGCCGGCGUCAGCAGAGACGCCCGGACCAAAGUGGACAGAACCCCGCUGCACAUGGCCGCCGCUGAGGGACACACAGUCAUCGUAGAGCUGCUGGUCCGGUGCGGCGCAGACAUCAACGCCAAAGACAUGCUGAAGAUGACGGCUCUGCACUGGGCGGCGCAGCACGGACAUCACAGUGUGGUCGAGACCCUCAUCAAACAUGGUGCCGAUGUGCAUGCGCUCAGUAAAUUCGACAAGACGCCAUUCGACAUCGCUGUCGACAUCCAGAACACCGAGCUGAUGCUGAUGCUGCAGGAGGGCAUGCAGAACCAGGUCAACAUGAAUCAGGUGAACAUGAACCAGGUGAGUAUGAACGUGGAGACGAGCGGCACCACCAACCAGCCUCAGUUCAUCAUCCAGGGAAUACCUGCCAUACAAGGGGGUGUGGUCAACCUGGCCGAGCUCCUCAACAAGGCCAACGCAGGGGAUUCAGAGGAGGCGAUGGCUGCCAGUGCUCUGGAUUCCAACAUCCAGCAUGCCGCUGUCGUCAACGAGGGGGGUCAGAGGGUCAUCACCAUAGUAACAGACCAGCACGGCAAUCUGCAGACCACCGGAGGAAUGGCACAACCAUUCUUUGUCACCAUGCAACAUGGGCAGCAGAUGCUGGCGGUGCCGGCCAACACGGUGACAGAGGAAGUAGUGACGGAGGAGCCUCAGCCGCCACCAUCCAGGAAGAGGAAGCUGGAAGUGACCAACAACCACAACGAUGGAGGAGAGACGGAGUUGUUGCAGAGGCAGCUGCAGGAGGCCAACAGGAAGGCUCAGGAGUACCGACAGCAGCUGCUGCGUAAAGAGCAGGAGGCUGAGGAGUAUCGCAUCAAGCUGGAGGCCAUGGCCCAGAGUCAGGCCAACAGCACCAACGCCAACAACGCCACCAGCGCCGCCGCCAACGCCGCUAGCCCUGAGGAGGUGGUGGGAGGGGAGGAGGACGAGGACGAGGGAGCCUCCGGCGUGGUGGAGGAGGAGGGAGAGAUGGUGGUGCUGCAGGAGGGAGGUAUCAUCAUGGAGGGGGAAGAGGGUCAGGUGACGCUGGUGGAAACCGGGGGAGAGACAACGGAGGUCAGCUCCUAACAGUGAGGGAGGGGUGAGGAGAGGGAGACAUAGACGAAAGGACUCAUUGAAACAGGAGGUGGUUGGUUUGACUCCUGCAAGUUUGCAUCCCAUUUAACGGAGAGAGAGGUAGAGGGGGAGGAGCCGAGUCGUGGCAGGAAGUGCAUACCAUUUUGAAUCCCCACAAACAUCUGAUAGCUACGUGGGAGAGAGGAGAAACAAAAUGGCCUUCUCAGAGAAAGACAGAUUGAUGAUGGAUUAAACCUGAUAGUGGAGUUUAACUCUGCACCAUUUUGAAUCCCCACAAAGAUCAAAUGCCACGAUGGGAGAGCGGACAAAUGAAGUUGUUCCCAAUCAGUAAAAACUGGUGGAGUACUAACGAUGAUGGUGGAGUUUAGUUUUGCACCAUUUUCAAUCCCUGAAUGAAUUAAUACCAACACAGCAGGAAGAUGAGGAGCAACACGGUGGAGGGCUUGAGACAAAUCACCGUUUUCAGUUCCUGCUUGUUGUUUCUUUGUUUCGUAUUGUUUUUUCACUGAAUGCCUCCUUAAACUGGAUGCAAAAUGGUUGCUGCAGAGAUGGGACCUUCACUAAAAGGCACGUUUACUUAUGUUUUUCAUUUUACCUGCAAUCAGUGAUCCAACUCAAACAGUGAUGAGGGAUUUGGGAGAGCCCUUCCUGUCGGCAGCCAUUUGUUUCCUGCAACAUUUUGCCUCCCUCAACCCGGAGUGAGUGUUUUUGAACACAUCACUGAACUGAGCCCAUUUGCUUUAUGUUACAGUAUCAUACAGCAGGAAUUUAGCGUUUUAGUUCGUCCUUUUGAAAGUUUCCACUCUUGAUAUUUGGAUGCCAUUGCAGAUCCCGUUACACCCAUUUUUACCAUUUAAUUUUUCUGAAAUUCAGUUUUUCUGUGCGGUUUUUCAUCAGGUAAUUGCUGAAUCACCACAUCCAUCUGUCUGAUGCCUUGAUAAAUCUGGACCAUGUUGCUCUGUUUAACACCAUUUUGCUUCCCUUUAACAGUAAAGCAAAGUGAAGCCAGAACUGGGAGCUGUGAAAACAAAGAGAAGCCUAUUUUUCAGGAAUGUUUGGACACUACAUUCACUCCCUCUGAACUGCUCUCCUGCUUGUAUCUCCUUUUGUUUUUUUGUUGUUUAUGAUUAGUUUUGUUUUGGACUUUUUCAUCAUGUUUUACAGCGGAACAUCGUCAUAUGAUCCCUUAUUGUUCGUUUAAGCACCAAACAAUGUUUCCCAUUUCUUUCUGGAGAUUUAAUCCAAUGUUAAGUGGGGAGUCCAAAUGGCCUUGCUGGAGCUUUUUGACAAGCAAAGGGAAUCAUUUCCGGACUGCAGCGCUAUACUUCUCGACUCAUUUCCAGUAUUUUUUGGUCAAAAUGUUGACUAAUGUCUUGUGUGUGUUCCCAUGCUGACUCUUGAGUUUCGCAGAAUCUUGGUAAGAACCAGAUCCAUCAUAGAAAAUCUCAUUUAGUAAUUACCAUGAUUUUGUUUCCUCCGUCAGGUGGGUGUGACAGGGCUGACUGGGGCCAGGUAUAGGACUGCUGAAUAAUCAUUUCUAAAAUUGGUCCAGAAUAUUUUAUUAAUUGUUUAGUUAUAAAUGGACCCAGAGAUACAUUAAUAGUAAAUACAGAAAAUUUGCAAAUAUAUUGGCGUUAAUGUUCUAAUAAUCCAGUUUUCUCUAGUUAAUUGCCAGUUGACAUAAAAUGUGUUGCUACCACUGGUUGGUAGAUAGAGCAGUAUUUCUGUUGGCUGACGGUGAACAUGCCCACAUUAAUUCAAUCCACCAGAAUUACUUUAAACAGAAGGUGGUGCGCAUGUUUACAGGAUACAUUUACAGUUUUUACACUUGCUCUGAGUGUUUUUUUACUGUUAUAAAAAACGAUUAACUUCACGGAAAAGGGAAACACAUUUUCUAAAGAAGUUCCGACGUAGGAAACAUUUAACUCACAUGAUUAAUCAAAGAGCUUAAAACUUAAGCAGCUGACAUGAAAGAAUAAUUACAACUUGAAACAACUGAAAACAGUACCUGAAGAUUUCUCUCCAUUCUUUAUUUAUAGAUGGACAAAGUUUUUUGUUUAUUCUUGUUCAAGGUUUUUUAGCACUUGGCAAAGACCUCGUUUUGCUUCUGGCUGCUUCUGCUCUGUUUCUUAUAGUUAUGCCUCAUGCAGCCAAUAGCAACACUAUGCAGUCUAGUUUAUUCCAUCCACAGCAGUUAAUGGAAACAUGCUCAAGUUACAUUUUGUUACAAAGUUUGCUUCUAAUUUACUUCACAUUUAUAUGGAAACAUAGUACCUGUAAUCAGUUAAACUGACACAAAGAGCAUCACUGUAGCUUUUAGGCUGCAGGGCCCGACUUCCCUAAAUUCAACCUUUUGUCUGGAAGUUUCUCUGCGUUAACUCAUCGUGAUCUGUGCUGACGUACCAGAAUGUGGCCUGUUAGUUGUAAAAUCUCUAGUUGUGCUGCAUCCUGCUUUUUGUCGUCCAAAAACUGUAGCAAAACAAGCAGUUUGCAGCUGCAGGGUUUUAAAAACAUCACCUGUAGAAAACCGUGAAUCAGUGACGAUCAAGUUCCUGAACCUUGAAUUACCUCUGAGCAGGGAGCUUUAUCAAGACCCUGGUUUCUCUGCAUGUUUGAGUCGAUGAAGUGAGCCAUCUGCAUUACUGCAUGAUUAAAAUGUACCUGUUUUCCUUUUGUUUACCUCCUUUACUUGGAGGUUAAACACCUGAAGCGACAGGUACGCUCUCUAUGAGGCUUCUCUGAGCCCAGUUCAGCCCUGUCUGCUCCCACAGUGGAAAACCAGUUAUUGACCUGUCAGCUCAUAUCCAUGUUUGGUACCUGUUUAAACUCAUCUGUAACCUUCCUUUCCUUCCUACUUCCUCUUAUUCUGCAUCCUUUCAGUUAUAGUUAUUUUUAUAAGCUCAGUGAAGCCAACCUUUUUGUAUGUACAUAUAAAAUUGUAUUUUUUUAACUGUAUCUGAAUGCUUCAACAUGAUGGUGACGGCUGCCUGCAUUGGUAAUCUGAAAUAUAAACACUUGUUUUUUCCAAUAACAA